CUCCCCGGACGGAGCCGCCGUGCCCCGGAAGAGGAGCCCGCGCAGGCGCAGCGGCCGCACGUGGCACCGGCGGGACCAUGGCGAGAGGGGCAGAGCGCCUGGAGAGCGCCCAGGUGAAGAAGGCGGUGGAGGCUCUCCUGGCUUUCUCCAGGAGCAAGGCCAAGGGAGACGCGCUGCUCCUCAACGAGAACGAGAGCGUUCACCUCCUGGUGACGGUCUGGAAGGUCCCGAGGGAGGCAAAAGUCAUCAGAAUACCACUGCCCCAUGGCAUUCGACCAGAAACAGCUGAGGUUUGCCUGUUCACCAAGGAUGAACCAAAUUUAUCAGCAGAACAGACGGAAAAUCUGUACAGGAAACUUUUAAUCCAGAAUGGGAUCAGAAGUAUUAGCCAGAUCAUCCCCUACAAGACUCUCAAAAAGGAGUAUAAACUGUUUGAAGCGAAGCGUCGCCUCCUGAACAGAUUCGAUCUCUUCCUGUCUGACGACCGAAUCAGGAGACUCUUGCCCUCACAUCUAGGAAAACACUUCUAUGAAAAGAAAAAGGCACCUUUAUCUGUAAACCUGAAAGCCAAAAAUCUUGCUAAGGAACUACAAAGGCAUAUCCAAGGGACUACACUCCCAGUUAACAACAAAGGGUGCUGUUAUACAGCACGUGUAGGUCACACUGGAAUGAAAGUGGAUGAGAUCCUGGAGAAUGUCAUUGCAGCAGCACAAGUGAUUGCUAAGAAGUUACCAAAGAAUUGGAAAAAUGUAAAGAUUCUUCACCUCAAAACUCUUAAAUCGGUUGCGCUUCCAAUAUUUACUGCGAAUGUCUCCAACCUGGAUGAGCUUGACAGAGAGCCCCCUCUCAAAAAGAAGGAAGAAAAGAAGGGCAAAACCAAGAAACCAAAGAAGACAGCUAAAAAAAUGAAGUCAAGUCAAGUCACUGUGACAACUGAAAGUAAAGCUGCUGCUACUCAGGAGCCUGCAAUAAAAGAAAAAGUAGAAGUAGUCCAAGAACCAGCUGAUCAUGAUGAUGAAGAAAUUCCACAACUGGUGCCUAUACAAACAAAGAGUUUAGCUGAGAUGGAGAAAAUGGAGCCGAGUCCAGAAAAAGGUGGCAACUUGGGCAAGAAAACUAAAACACCCCUUGGGAAGAGAAAGAAACAACCUCUAGUUCCAGAGACUCCAAAAUCCAAACCUGACAUUGCAGGAGAGCGUGCAGACUUGCAGACACCACCCAAACAGAAAAAAGCCAAGCAGGUCAACAAGCCAAAGGAGGCAAUAAAAGAAAAAGAUGUGAAAAAGACUCCAAAAAAACCUGAAGUGAAGUCUUUUGCAACACCCAAAGCUGGCAAAUCGAUACAGUCAGCCAAGAAGUCUUCAAAACCAUCGAAGCAAACACCCAAGAAAGGGCGUGUGCCACAGUCAGCAUGAAAGUUGUCUGUUGUAACACAGUUUAUAUUGUCAUUCAGUGGUGUAUUUUUAGCAAGCAAAUAUAUUCAUGAAGUAAAAUACCUUCUUAAGAAAUCCGAUCCCAAGGGCUUUUUUUCCACUGAGAUCUGUUAACAGUUCAUUUGUUUCCUUCUAAUUUACAAGCUGGUACAAAUAAAUUCACUGUCUUACCA